UCCCGCCGCUCGGCGACAUGGUGGUGUUCCUCAAGGAGCAGUGCCAGCAGCCCGCCCUCAACCUGCAGGCCCUACAACGCCUCGUCCGGGAGCGCGCGCUCAAGACCGGCGACAAGCUCGCCGUCACCUUCGUGCCCAGGACGGAGCUGUGCGGCCCGGACGAGACGAGCGAGGUGGCGGCGCUGUUGGCGGCCUUCUCGGACAACUCGACGCGCGCCGUGGUGGGCUCCUUCGACGCCAAGGUGUGCGGCAUGCUGGACGUGCUGGCCAACAUGCACAGCAACAAGAUCAUCAUCACCUGGGGCUGCCCGGAGCAGGAGCUGCUCCCCGGCACGGGCAGCAUGUACGACACCAAGCCCCGGGUGCGGCGCCUGCUGCCGCCGCUCGCCGCCAUCGUCCAGGGCACCGUCAAGACCGUCACGUUCUACCGGAUGCGGACGGCCGCCAUCGUCACGAGUGGUGUGGGCUGGUGGCAGCUGGCGGCGCAGGCCCUGGACCUGGCUCUGCAGGCCGCCGACGUGGAGGUGAAGCACCGGGUGUUCCUGCCGCAAGUGGAGGAGUCCGACGAGGCCAUGGAGAAGGCCCUGCUGCCCCUCAUCCACGACACCGUGCGAGUGGUGGUGCUGUGCGUGCCCAUGCGGUCGGCGCAGUGGGCCCGGGUGGUGUCGGCCGUGGACCGGCUGGCCCUGGUGGACCUGCCCACCACGGCCCUGCUGGCGCUGCAGCCCACCUCGGCCACGCCCUUCAUGAUGCACGACCCGUCCCUGCUCGUCCCAGAGGAGAAGCCGGCGCCCAGGAACCCGGGCCUCACCAAGCCGCCGGCGCCCUCGAGCGCGCCGUCGCCGCUGCCGGCCUACCUCAUCAACUACCGGCGGAACGGGCCCACGCUGCCCAUGUUCGUGCCGGUGGCGUCCUGGUCGGCCAAGACCAAGAUGGCCGUGCUGGUGCUGGCCGCCAUGGACCCCGGCCUGCGCAUCGACGACGCCUUCCUCAAGACCAUGGGCUGCCCCGACGUGUCGUGCCCGCAGCUACCGGAGCACCUGGAGCUCUGGCACCACAUCCAGCGUAGCUGGGACCUGCUGACGCGGACCGGGAAGGAAGCCGCCAAACCUUACCUUCCGCGUGCCCCUUACACCACCGCCGUCCCCGUCAUCACCGCUCCCCCCACCACUCCGCUCUCGCCCACUGCCGCCGCCCACCAGGAUGCCGUUCACCAGGACGCCGCCACGCCGGUGGCCGCGGCGCGGUCCUCCACCCGCGCCACGACGCGCACCCCCAUCGCAACCGCCGCCCCCGCCAGCAACACCAGCAUGGCGGUCCGGGGCGCCACGUGGUCGGCGACCCUGGUGGUGGUGGACUGGAUCGGCUCGCGGUGGCGGCCGCUGCUCAAGGUGCGCGUGGGCGGUGGCAACGCGUCCGAGGCCCGCGUCGAGGCCCUCACGGCCAUGGCGCGCGCCUGGCCGCGCUGGAAGCCCGCGGGCACACCGCAAGCCCUGGCCGACACGGGCUGCGAGUUCGGCGACGAGUCCUCCUGCGACGAAGCGAGUUUCUUCAGCGGCUACGGGUUCGUGGCGGCGCUGGUCGCCGUGGCAGCGGUCCUCUUGGGGGGCCUCGUAGUCCUCGCUUCGCACGUCAGGCAACGUCUGAGGCGCGCCAGGAUGUCCCAGGGCCCUGGCAAGAUCCUGCUGCAGUCGAGCGACCUGGUCUUCCCCCACGUGCAGCAUCAGAGAGGGGUGGACGAGGGCAUGGAGGCCAUGCUGUCGUGCUGGCUGCACCAGCUGCAGGAGUUCGGCGGCCCGGAGGUGGAGAAGACGGACGCGCUCAAGGGCUCCAACGGGUCGCUCAAGUCCGGCCAGCUGCAGGCGCCGCCGUGCGCCGUGGCCGGCAAGAGCCCCGAGUCGUCCGUGUCGGCCGUCAAGAAGAAAGGCGGGCCUGACCCCAAGGCGCGCUACAAUGGUGAUUUGGUCCAGCUAAAAGAGCUCCCCGUCGCCGGGGGUUCCUUCGAACUCCGGACCAAAGCCAUGGACGUGCUGCUCACUCUCCACGGGCUGCGCCACGAGAACAUGAACACCAUGCUGGGCUGCCUGCUCGACCCGGCCAGGCCGUCGCUCGUCUUCGAGUGGGGCAGCAGGGGCUCCCUCAUGGACGUGCUGGUGCAGGACGACAUCAAGCUGGACUGGUCGUUCCGCCUGUCGCUGCUCACCGACCUCGUGCGGGGAAUGAAGUACCUCCACUCCACCCCGAUCAAAGUCCACGGCCGCCUGUCGUCGCGCAACUGCGUGGUGGAUGCCCGUUGGGUCCUCAAAAUCACUGACUUCGGGUUGCCGUGCUUCUACGAGGCGCAGGGCAUCACGCCGGCCCCGCAGGACGCCAGAGACUUGCUCUGGACGGCGCCCGAGCUGCUGAGAGACGAAGCCCUGCGUCGCAAAGGCACGCAGCCUGGAGACGUGUACUCCUUCAGUAUCGUCAUGCAGGAAGUCGUGCUUCGCGGCGAACCGUUCUGCGUCUUGCAGCUCAAGCCAGAAGAGAUCAUCGAGAAGCUGAAGCGACCGCCACCGCUGAUUCGGCCCUCCGUGAGCAAAGGGGCCGCGCCCCCCGAGGCCAUCAACAUCAUGAAGCAGUGCUGGGCCGAGCUGCCCGAUCUGAGGCCCGACUUCAACGUCGUCUUCGAACAGUUCAAGAUCCUGAACCAGGGCCGCAAGGUCAACUUCGUGGACACCAUGUUCCAGCUGCUGGAGAAGUACAGCAACAACCUGGAGGAGCUGAUCCGCGAGCGCACCGACCAGCUGGACUGCGAGAAGAAGAAGACCGAGCAGCUGCUGUACCGGAUGCUGCCAAUCCAAGUGGCAGAAAAGCUUAAGAUGGGGAUGCCGGUUCUGCCUGAGAACUUCCAGGAGGUGACCAUUUACUUCUCGGACAUCGUGGGUUUCACUGCCAUCUCCUGCCACUCCACGCCCAACCAGGUGGUGGACCUGCUCAACGACUUGUACACCUGCUUUGACGCCACCAUCAACGCCUACACCGUGUACAAGGUGGAAACGAUCGGCGACGCCUACAUGGUGGUGGGCGGCCUGCCGGUGCGGGUGGACGACCACGCGGACCAGGUGGCCACCAUGGCGCUGGACCUGCUGCAUCAGAGCGGCCGCUUCCAGAUCCGCCACCUGCCACAGACGCCGCUGCGGCUGCGCAUCGGACUGCACACGGGGCCCUGCUGCGCGGGGGUCGUGGGGCUCACCAUGCCGCGCUUCUGCCUCUUCGGGGACACCGUCAACACGGCCUCCAGGAUGGAGUCAACAGGGUCGGCAUGGCGAAUACACAUAUCGGAAGCCACGAAGGACAAGCUGGAUGACAGCUACGACAUCGAGUACCGGGGCAUGACUGAACUCAAGGGCAAGGGCCUGAUGCCCACCUACUGGCUGCUGGGCCGGAAGGGCUUCGAGAAGGAGCUGCCCACACCGCCGCCAAUCAGGGAAAGCCACGGGCUUGACGAGAGCCUUCUGCUGCCCGCGCCCCUGCCGACCCCGCCCACCCAGUCGCCUGUUAGGGCGUCGCCGGCGUCGCCCCAGCCACCGGAGGGCAGUUCCAGCGAGCCCUCGUCGGCGGCAGUCAAACGGAAGUCCUUCGAGUCCUGCAACUCUGGCGAGGCGCCGCAGGCCCACUCGGUGGAGGUGGUGUGCAGGCCGCACCCCCUGCAGGCCUUGCAGUCUGCCAUCUCGGCCGCAGACGCCCAGCCAGCGGACGCGCGCGCCAGCAGGAUGCUGGUGUGUGCCUCCAUCGACAACGAGCGCACGCCUUCCCGACGGGGCUCGCUGCAGCUGGCCACCGAGAGCGCCAAGAUCAGCCUGUGCACCAUGAGCGUCAAGGACAGCCGCCACAGCUCCAGGGAGGUGCCCGACGAGCUGGACGCCAUCUCGCCGGCGCCGCUGGGACCGCACGCAGUCACGUCCCCGGGGAUGACCACGCCCCUCUCGGCGUCAGAGCUGGCCAUGGACCGCCUGCUGGGACUGUCGUACUACAACCCGCCGGGCACGUGGCGCAGCAGCAGCACCAACCUGCAGAACCCGCUGCCGCAGCGGCCCAAGAAGGCGGCGGCCUUCGUGGAGGAGGACCUGAGCGCGGGCUUCAACACGUACCGCUGCCUGUCGCCGCACGACCCCCCGCCGGCCCGCCUGGCCGCACUGCAGGGCGUGGGCCGCGGCUUCCUCAAGCGCCAGUACAGCCUGGACCGCGGCGACGACCCGGCGGGCAGUGCCGCCAGGGAGAGCUCGGCGCCGCGCGCGCUGCACAAGCAGAACUCUGCCGGCGCCGCCCCCGACCUGCACCGCAUCGAGGAGGUGCCGGGCAGAGGCCUGCCCCACGUCCACGUCGCCACCGCCGCCAGGACCAGGGGCAUGCCCAGCCUCUCGUCCAAUUCGUCCGAGUCGCUGGCCUGAGGUUGCAUUCACGUUUCAUUUCGGUUUCGUUUUGUUUGACGUGAGUUUUUACUUGGUUGAUUGUGAUUCAAAAUAAAGCUCUAUAUUUGUGAAAUAAAAAGAGACAAUCGGAUAUAUUAGGUAAGAAAAUAACGAAUUGAUAUGUGAUGAAAAUGUUAUGGACUAUACGUUGAAUUCUUUGAGUUACAUGUUUGUAGUAAACCACUGGUUGGACAGAAAAUAUGUUGUUGUUUUUGUACAAAUUUGGAGUGUAGUGUGUUCAAAUGUACCUGAUCUGCAGCUUUCAACGGAGACAAACGGAGGAGAACCAGCGACCUCAGUCCGUCUGAUGCAUACAGCAGUACAGCGCAUUCCCCGUCAGAAAUCGAUCGUGAGAAUGAUUGAUCGGUUAUCAUUGGAUUGCAUCGGAUGCCGUCGGCGUUGGUUCAGGCCGAUGCUCUGCCAUGUCAAAGAUCAAUUUCUGAUAGGUUUGCUUUCCAUUCUGAACUGAACUGUUUCUUGCCAUAGCGGGUGUGCCUGAUAAUCAGAAAUUAUCCUUCUGCACGUACAUACCAUAUUGCACGAAUGCAGAAUAACCAGUAAGUGAGGCCUAUGCCUUAGAAACAUCAUAGAUAUAGCAUUCGCGGCUAUGUGAUGUAGACCUUGUCUUUCUUUUCGAAGCAACAUUCCUUGACGGCCUAAUUGGUUUGCCUUCAUUCAUUGAAAGAGAUAGGAAAGUGCGUUGCAAAAUCAAGAAAAAUAGUAGAGAUAAAUUAGCAGUCCCUUCCUAGGCCCCUUCCAAGACUUAGUAUGAUAAUAUUUGUUAUAAAUUAUCUUGCCUUCUUAAUCGAACGUUUCGACCAAAGUCCAUAAGUGCAUACUCAAAUAAUAAUUGUGACAAACCUUUCUUAGCUCGGUAUCCAAAGCACCUCUUCCAGCCAGAGGGGCAUUCCUUCUUUAAUUUACUGCUCUAUGCUGUUAAGCGGAGGCAAAAUAUAUUAUGAGUAGCCGAGACAAUAAAUUGAGAACGAGUUAACUGCAUGACUGAUAAUUCAAUUCGAAGCCUAAAUUUGGAUUUUGAAAGGAUGGUAAACCCGUGAACUUAACUAUGUGGUAUAGUCGGACGUGAUGUAGUUGAGUUCAUGAGACUGUCUCUGCCAUUUUUGUCCACCCCGGUAUUUAUUUUUAAGACAGCACUUUUCCUUGUUCUCUUCUUCUUUUGUUAUUAGUUCACUGCACUCCUCCCGCAUUAUCCCCUAAACGUGAAUCGAUUCUACUUAAAUCCCCUUUGUGUGUGAUAUAUUGAUGUUAAAAAAUAAAGAGAAAAAUGUGAA